CGUUAAAUGUGAUCCGACGUGUAAAUGGUCGAAAUUGACCGUGUAUUCGUGUAAAAAGGGCGUCUAAAAUAAAUCGGGAUGAUGUUUGAGUGAAUUGUCGCCGGAUGGUCGGAAAACGGGAAGCGGGAUGAGAGUGGCCGACUUCGAAAGAGACGGCAUUGCCGCCAUACUGUUUUUGAGCGGCGUUUAUUCGCCGGUGAAACUGUGUUUAAAACGGACGAGAGUGAGAAUUCAGUGGGAAAUUAAAAAAUAAACUCCACCGAUAAAAGCGAUAGAAACGGAUUGAAAAUAAUGACUGGAUUUUGAUUACAAAAUAACUCGGAACUCCAGGAGUCGCUUUCGAUUCUUUCACUUCCACUCUAAGAAAAUGAAAACAGUAGAGGCGGAUUAGUUUGACUCCGGUGAGUUUGGGAAAUUCUUUUAAAUAAGGCUGCACGAAUAAUUUUAGAUGGAAACCGAGAUCGACGAAUGUUUAACGCCUUGCAGUUUUGACUGCCGUUGGGAAAGGAGAACCGAACGGGGCACAGCGCGGAUCUACCUCCUCGGAAAUUCGUAACGGAAAGGAACCGUUUCGCCUUUGGAGUCGGUUUCCUUUUAUCCUCUCUCCACGGACUCUCUCCAACUCGGACGUUUAUUUAAUUAUUAUAGUUAUUUUUCUGUGCGUACUGUUUGUGUUUGUGCGUGCGUUCCGUCGAGGUGUAUCUGUUCUUUCUACUUGGAUGCCAUCGGCCCGAUUCACAGUUCCGGGUGGAUUAAGACCGACUUGGAUAACUACAGCACAAUUCUAGUUGGUCAACUCAGUUCGAAAAUGCCCAGAGACAAUUGUUUACGUUUUGAAAUAUUCAGUACGUUUUCUACACCUUCUGAGCAAAUUCCUCUUACAUUGACAGUUGUAGUAAGAAAACGGCAUUGAGGAGAAAUGUUUUCAGUAACUUAAGAAUGAACGGUGAAAUUCCGAGUGUGCCAAUAACUACAUUGGCAGGCAUUUCAAGUCUUACUGACUUGUUGCCAGAAAUGCCACUUCCUUCACCCCUCCCUCAAACUAUGAGCAACAAGUCUUUGCUGUUUCAUCCUCGUGUAGCUGAAGAAGCAAAUAUCUUGUUAAGCUUAAGAGAUGAUGCAUUAGUCCCUCAACUGACUCAGUCGCUUAACCAGACUGCUGCAAUUAAUAUUGAAUUGAAGGACCAUUAUGCAAACAGUGAUCUAGUGGAUGUUGAUCAACAAAAUAUUCCUGAACUUUUGAAAGCAAUUUUGUUUCGUGACCCUGGUGUUUUCAAUGGUCUCAAUGGAACUUCACCAGAACAAGCCAACAUGGCCCCUAGUGUCACUCAAAUGUGUGGUACACCCACAAUAGUGCCUUUACCUACUACCCCUACUACGCGUCCCUGUGUAAAUACAACACAACAUGAGAUAGUUAAGGAGCCUGCUGCUGCUGUUGUUGAUCGAGUUGUAACCGAACAAAUUCCUUCACCAAUGAAAACAACAAGCAAAAAUGUUUCUUUAAAGAAAGUUGAAGAGAGUAUAAUUAAAGCACUUUCUGACGAUUUUGAAACGAAUGCUGCUAAACAGAUUGCCGGAUCAAAAUCUGAAGCUGCUGUAGUCAGUACACAAAAUUUCAAGGAAACUGAAAUUAAGGAUGAAAAAUAUUUUGAUAUUGAGAAAGAAAUUAAAGAUAAAGAGAAAAUCAGUAAAGGACCAGAAACACCACAAAGAACGACGAGGCAAACUAACUGUAAAUUAAGUUCACCAAUCGUUAUGUUAAAUAGAUUGUCUACUGAGGAUCAGGCACUAAUGCAACAGAGCUUAAAAGAAUUUGCUGAAAAAUCGCCCUCUUUAGCCAAUAAAUUGGGUAUAAUUAAAAACAAUGAACAUAAUGACAAAGAUAAGAAUAAAAUUAAAGAUGAACCCGAAAGUGACGAAGAGCCUAAAAACAAAAGUAAAAUUUUUAAGGCUAGGGAAAAAGAACGUGAAUUACAAAGGAAAAAGGAUAAAAGUUCUGGAAAAGCCGAUAAGGAAGAUGGUAUUAAGCUUGAAUCUGAAAGAAAUAAAAGAAAAAAGCGAAAUACCAGAUCGACUGGAAGCAAUGAAAAAGACAAAGAAAAAGAGAAAGAAAAAGAAAAGGAAAAAGAUGAAAAAUCAGAAGAUGAGAAAGUUGAUAUUGUUAUCCCAAAACCAAAGCUAAGAAAAGUUGAAAAGAAAUUGGUGCCAGUAAUUGAGAAACUUAGCGUGGAAGAACUGAUGGAAACAAACACGUAUCAAAGGUUCAAUAAAUCCUUAGAAAGGAUAUUUGAGGAUAUCGAAGAUGUUGAUAUAACAGCAGAAAUUGGUGAUGAGGGUGAUUGCCCAAGUGAAGCACUCAUACCUAAAUAUCAUUUGCAAGAUCUCUGCAGCGAAGCGGCUAAACUAAAUACUUUAGGUGCAAUGGAGUCUAUUCCAAGUGAUAAAAUUACCAAAUUACUAACCAUAUUGGAACGGAAUAUUAGAGAUGGUGCAAAGGUUUCUCCAAUAUCCGACCCAAAUGAUGGUGAAGAUGAGAGAAAGCUAUUCGUCGAAUUAGCCAUGGAACGAGUCAUGAGAGCAGUUGAUGCGUCAUUAACUGCACUUUAUAUAUUGACAUCCCCAAAUAUGCAGAAACAAGUUUAUCUAGAGGACGUAAUCGACCGAAUUAUUAUAUUCACAAAGUUUCAACUUCAUAAUACAAUAUAUCCUGCAUAUGAUCCAGUAUACAGGGUUCAGAACAAAGAUAAAGAUGGAUUUGUUGGACCGGGCCGAAAGAAAAGAAAUAGUAACAAGGAAGUCAAGGAGAAAAGUGUACUAUCUUUAUACACCAAAUUGACAGAAGUUGUAUCUCUGCUAGCUGAGUUAAUGGACAUUCAGAAGUUAACGGAUAAUGCUGUGCUUCAUGCAUCUUCCAUGGGAAUAUCUCCUUUCUUUGUUGAAAGGGUUAGCGAUUUGCAACUUGCUGCUCUUAAAUUGGUUACAACGAUUUUUUCGAAGUAUGAAAAACACAGAAAAUUGCUUCUGGAUGACAUUUUAGCAUCGAUGGCUCGUCUCCCCAGCAGUAAAAGAAGCUUGCGUUCUUAUAGGCUUAGCAGUGAAGAGUACAUUCAGAUGUUAACUGCUUUGGUGUUACAACUUGUUCAGUGCAUGGUUGUUCUGCCACCAAAUCUGGAUGCCAAAAAUGAUACAAAUCUUAAUCCAGACAUUGUUAUCGUUAGUAAAUUUAAAUCGGCGAGAAAUACUGCAUCAAAUUUUUUGUAUGUAUUUUUGACAAAAUGUAGCAGUAAAAGCGAAGAAAUUGAUUAUCGUCCUCUGUUCGAAAAUUUUGUACAAGAUUUAUUAACUACUGUCAAUAAACCCGAGUGGCCUGCUGCUGAACUAAUGCUGAGUGUUCUAGGAAAUUUAUUAGUCAAUAAUUUUGUAAACAAAUCGCUGGAGAUGUCGCUCAGAGUCGCCAGUCUUGAUUAUCUUGGAGCAGUCGCUGCAAGGCUAAGAAAAGAUGCUGUUACUUCUCAGUUACGACGUUCCACGAUUGAUCAAAUUAUAAAAGAUAUACAAACUGAAGAAAUGAAAGAUGAUGAAGGGGUGUGCAAGGGUGAAAUAAAGGAAGUCACUAAUGACGAUGAUAGAAUGCAGUUCCUUCAGAGGGUGCUGCUUGAUUAUCUUGCAAUUCGUGGACAGACUGAGACGGUUUUAACCCAUGCUAGACACUUUUAUCUUGCUCAAUGGUAUCAGGAUAAUUGUGUGUCUUCCAUGUCUCCAUCAUCCCCGUCUAAGAAGUCUUCUAAACGGAAAAAGAAAAACCGCCGGAAAGGAGCUGAAACGAGCGAUGAGGAUCAGACGACGAGUGAAGACGAAGGCAUUUGUUCCAAAUCUAGUGAAGACCCUGUUGACACCUAUAAGUUUAACGAGUCAAAGAAACGCUUUUUGCUGAGUAAAAUCCGUCCUUUUGAAGACUCCGUUUCUGCAGAUGGAGUAAAAACUCAGGUUAUGCAGACUUACAUAGAUUAUGGAAGUGCGGAACUGAUUGCCCGUUAUUUAGCGUCUAAAAGGCCUUUUUCACAAAGUUUUGACGUGUACUUAAAACAUAUUCUUAAAGUACUUACAGAAACAUCUGUUUUAAUAAGAACAAAAGCAAUGAAGUGUUUGACAUCCAUUGUGGAAGUUGACCCAAGUGUUUUGGGAUUAAAGGAAAUGCAAUUGGGAGUUAGCCAUUCUUUUUUGGAUCAUUCAACUUCUGUGAGAGAGGCUGCAGUCGAUUUAGUGGGAAAGUUCAUUCUUAGCCGGACAGAAUUGAUUCCAACUUAUUAUGACAUGUUGUCAGCAAGAAUAUUGGAUACUGGAGUGAGUGUUAGGAAAAGAGUAAUUAAAAUUCUAAAAGAAGUUUGCAUUGAAUGCCCUGACUUCCCCAAAAUUCCUGAAAUUUGUGUAAAAAUAAUAAGAAGAGUUAAUGAUGAAGAUGGCAUUCGGAAGUUAGUGCUAGAAGUGUUCCAAAACAUGUGGUUUACUCCAGUAAAAGAAAGACCUGUUUUGGAUACUGAUGCCUUAGUUCGUAAAGUCAUGAAUAUCACAGAUGUCGUGUCUGCAUCAAAUGAUGUCAGUAUUGAGUGGUUUGAACAGCUGCUUUUAAGUCUAUUUAAACCACGUGAAGAUAAGGAAGAAACAACCAAAGUGGCUGUUGAGGUGCCCAAGACAAUUCUUGUUGCAUGCAAACAAAUAGUUGAUUGCUUAGUUGAAACUGUCAUUCGACUUGAUGGAAAUGGUCAAGAUUCACAAAGACUUGUUUCUUGUCUAUUAAUGCUCUACCUGUUUGCCAAAAUAAGGCCACAACUUCUUGUACACCAUGCAACAACUUUACAACCCUAUUUAUCAUUAAAGUGCCAGACUCAAGGGGAUUACCAAAUUAUCAGUUGUGUCGCGAGAACACUUGAACUAGUGGUUCCGUUGAUUGAACAUCCUAGUGAAAUGUUUCUAUCAAGAUUGGAAGAAGACUCGGUUAAGUUGAUGAUGCAACAAGACCCAUCAGUCGUCUCUAGUUGUGUUUCUUGUUUAGGAUCAAUUGUAAAUAAUGUAACUAGAAAUUUUGCAUUGAUAAGGGAUUGUCUAAAGAAGUAUCAUGGUUUUCUUGCAUCUUAUAAACAGUUAUUAGAAAGUGGUAAUCGUAACCCUGAAUCAUUACAAAGACUGAAACCCCUUUUUAGAAGAUCAUUAUUUGUAGUUGGUUUAUUACUCCGUUUCUUUGAUUUUACGGAUAAAGAUGUCAUAGGUGAUCAACUGCCUGAAACUAUUAAAGAUGAUGUAUUUAAUACCUUCAUAUUCUUUCUGCACAAUGACGAAGAGUCACAGCAUUACACAUUAAAGGCUGUCGGGUCUGUUUGCAUUCGACAUUAUGAACUUAUGCUUGGAACAGAGUUAAAAACCUUGUACCAUAAUUAUCUGAAAAAUGAAAGUGCUCCACUGGCAAUGAAAGUGCAGGUACUGACAAAUAUUGAAAAUUAUUUGCAAGAAGAAGAGAAAAAGAUGAUUAAACAAGAUCAAGAAUGGGCAAAGUUAUCGAAAACCGAAAAUUUAAAGGAAAUGGGUGAUGUGACUUCUGGGAUGGCCAGUACUGUAAUACAAUUGUAUUUAAAAGAAACAUUGGAAGCAUUUCUUCACCCCCAUCCAUCUGUUAGAAAUUCUGCAUUAAAAGUUAUUCAGCUUAUUUUAGCACAAGGUUUAGUUCAUCCUGUUCAGAUCGUUCCUUACUUAAUUUGUAUGAGUACAGAUAAUGACAAAGCUGUUAGCAGCUGUGCAGACAAACAGUUGCAGGAUAUUGAGAAAAAAUAUCCCGGUUUUAUUCAUAUGAAGGCUCAACCAGGCAUCAAACUCUCAUAUAAAUUACAAAAAAUCUUACAGUAUGAAUCCACUGUUCGUGGGUUUAGAUUAAAAGAAGGAGAACUGCCUUCGGCAUUAAAUGGUUUUCUUUAUUCAAUUCUUAGAACAAAACAACAGAGGAGAGCCCUAAUGUUGUCGAUCUUGAAACAGUUCGAUGAGCACGGAAAGACCAGUUUGGCUCAAAUGUUAUAUUUGGCAGAUAACAUGGCUUAUUUUCCUUACCAAGUUCAAGAUGAACCAUUAUUUAUUAUACACCAUAUAGAUAUUAUUAUUUCUGUAACUGGCACAAAUUUGCUUCAGUCUUUUCGAGAGGCAUUGAUUCCUUUGCACACAGAAGAAGAAAGAGCUCAAAAUCCUGAUGAAGAGGAAGAUGAGGAUGAGGAAAUGCUACUGCAAAGAAUACCAGAAGAUACGACAAUACUUCAGCACUGUUUGACUGCUUCUCAAGGAUGCUUAUUACUACUUGUAUUAAAACAACAUCUAAAAACUUUGUACGGAUUUAAUGAUGCAAAAAUUACCCAAUAUUCACCAACUGAUGGUUCGAAAGUUUAUGAUAAAAGUGUCAAUAGAAAAUCAAAUUCAAAAUUUAACCCUAAAGCAACACUUCAGAAACUCAAAGAAGGGACACCGCCUAGAAUACUCGAUGAAGAUGCAAGAAGAGAACUGGUGACUGAAUACUUAGAGUUUAAAACAUUGAUCAUGAAUUUGGAUCCGGACGAUCAAGAUGAUGACGAUGUUCAACGAAAUACUUCGGAGGGAACUGGGACAGUUCUCCGUGUUAGGGAACUAAUUGCAAAAAAGACAGAAGAAUCUGAACAGGCUGCUGCAGCACAACACGAUCCUAACAACCCACCAAAAGUUCCAAAACUAACAAUCAUUACUUCUAAAGGUGAAGUAAGAACUCAUAGGCAUAAAAGCCGUAAGACUGAACGCCACAAGAAGCACCAUCACAAACGAAAGAGGAAAUUCAGAAGUAGCGAUGACAGUGAAAAUGAAUACAGUGAUCCUGACUUUUUAGUUUAAGCAUUCCAAGAUCUUGUGAUAUGACUUAUUGGUAAAGUGAAUGUGCAAUCUUGUGGACUUAUGCACAGUGUACAUUGGUGUAUAAAAUUAUUAAAAAAGAGGAAAUAAGAAGCAAAUAUACAAAAAUAAUAAAAUUUAAUUUUGCCAUUUCGUGAAAGUAUGACACCACAAUUGACUGUUUAUUCGAUUGUAAGAACACUCUGUCAUUUUGUUUAUUUGAAGUAUUUUAUUCAAUUUAUGUUAAAUAUCUUUCAAAUUACUUAAUUUAGUUGUAAACUAUUGAAUCAUUUUCACUUGAAAUUUAUUUCUUGACUUAUAGUUUUUGGAUUAGAAUCGGUGAAAUAUCCAUUUUUCUCAAUUUCUGCUUGCAUUAUUAUUAUAAAAGACAGACAAAUGUUCUUUCAGUCGUAUUGUACAAAUUUAUUUAAAAAUAAAAAAUGUAUAAAAUAUUUAUGUAUAUUUGGUUUCACAAAUUAUGGCAGAAAAAAAUUGGCGUUACCAUCUUGUCUUGUUUGGUGAUUGUGGAAUAAUAUUGUAAUUUAAUGUUUAAAUUGUUAUUAUGAGUAGUAUUUAUUUGCCUGUUCAAAUAUUUAUUGUUUAAAUCAAAUCACAUAUUGUGCAUUAUAGUAUUGAUGUUUGUAAAUACAUAAGUCAAAUUAUAUUUUUCUACAAAAAAUAAUUUAUACGCAUUUUCUGGAAAUAGAUCAGACAGAAGAGAAUUUUUGCCUUGUACAGUUAAUAGCUUUUCCAUGUUGAAAUAUGAUUUUCUUUCCCUUCCCAAAAUGAAAAGGAAAUAUAUGUUUGUUAAUCUGGUUAUAAUUCAGUUCCAUGCUUUUAUGUUUUGUGGCUCAAAAUUUGUUGACACAGAGUGUUUAAAUAUGUAAAUAUGACCUCAAUUAUUUAUUUUAGAUUAAUAUAGAGUUGUGGUUAAUAUCAUUUUCUGAAAAGAACACUUAAGCCUUGUUCCGUUUAUACCGUAUAUAUUGAUAUAAUCUUCAUAUUGAUCGGUUGUAAAUGAAACAAGACUAAAAAGUGAAUACUUCUUUUUCCAAAGUAAUUCAAACUUUUUUAAUUUACACCAUUCUUUCUUACAGUUAGAAAAAUUUCUGUUUGCUUAGUUGCUUUUUUCAGACUGAUAUUAAAUGCCAACAUGGAACUAGGGUAAAAGUGUAAAGCUCCAAGAACUGUUAGCAUUGAUUGUAACAUGUCCAAUGCUGAUUGCAUAAAUAUGUGAAAGUUUUUAUAUUGCAAAAUACUGAUUAAUUAUUCUUUUCCAUUUAAUUAUACUCUUUGAGUUGGCAUUCAGUGAUUUACUGUAAUUUAUUGUUAUUUUUAUUUAAAGGAUGAUUCAUGUGUCGAUUAAAAGGAAAUGUUUCUUGUAGAAAUCUGUGUUAUCAGUAUAUUUGCUCGAUUCUUUCAUGUUUGUUCUGUAAGUUUGUCACCAUUAUGGCCAGAUUUGUUCUGAAAUUCUAAGAUGUAGCUGUAAAACAAUGGAACUUUAUCACAAUUUACUUUUUUCUUCUUUUUUUUUUAAAGAUUCCAUAUGGUACUGUAAUCAGGACAUAAAAAUUGAAAAUAAAUGAAUCAUGUUGAGUAUUUAAGAAAACGUGUAUAUAAGGUUUUUUUAAGGUGUUGAGCAAUCAUCAAAUAAACACUGAUUGCUGGGUGAUUUAUCUUCUUUCUGUUUUGAUUUCCUACCCCUGUAAAUUUUG